AUACAUACUUAUAAAUAAUAAAUGUAGUUCCGUUGACCAACGGGUACGUUCGCCCCUCACUUCUUACCUGUCACUCGUGACGUGCGGACGUGCCUUUGAGCUGCGGGCUUACUUACUGAUUACCAAUACUUGUAUCAUUUACCUACCUGUACCUGCCGUAAUAGCACAGGACAUAACAUUGGCGACGAGAAAAAGCGCAAUUGUCCCACUAUGUCCCUGCAAUCGCAAGUCCCAACUUUAGAGCCAUUCGAUUGUGAAGAAAACGUCUCCAUGGGUUCCCGAUGGGAAAAAUGGAAACGUGCUUUAGAGAUAUACUUCUUAGCCACCAGUACAAUAGAACCCGACAAAAAACGAGCCAUGUUGUUACAUUGCGGGGGUCUAGCCCUUCAAGAGAUAUACUUUAAUAUACCAGGUGCUCACGUCAGUGAUGCGACUGAUGAAUCUGAUGGCUCAAUAAAUGUAUAUGAAACGGCGAUUAAGAAAUUAGACGAAUAUUUUGCACCUAAACAAAGUUACCUCUACGAAAGACAUAUUUUCCGGUUAAUAAAGCAGGAACCAGAUGAAAAAUUCGAAAAAUUUCUCAUUCGCCUCAGACAACAGAGCUCAAAAUGUAACUUUGCUAAUGAGAAUGAAAAUCUGCUUGAUCAAAUCACAGAAAAGUGUAAAUCUAGUAAAUUGAGAAAAAAUAUUUUACUUUUCGGUGACGAAGCUACACUUGAAAAUAUUACGAUCGAAGCAAAUUCACUUGAAACCGUGGAACGUCAACUUAAUGAGUAUGACGAAAAGCAGAAUACAACUGUCACAAGCCUUAACAAAAUUGAUCAAACAAUAGGACGUCGACGUGUAGAUAAAAAUAACGAACGUUGCUGCCGAUGUGGUAGUAAAAAUCAUAAAAGUGAUAAUAGUUCCUGCCCUGCACACAAUGUAAAUUGCAACAAAUGUGGUUUCAAAGGUCACUUUGAAAAGCACUGUCGUACAAGGGCUAAUAAAAGGAAAAAUACAAGUUCCAUCCAAGACAAUAAGCGUCAAAUUAAAAAAAUGAAAACUACUGCACCAGAAAAUGCCGAGUCUACAUCCAUCGACUAUAUUUUUCACAUCGAUGAUGAUGCCACAAUAAACUGUCAGGAAAACCACCAGCCGAGUUAUUCUAUGGCCGACAAUUUAGAGACAAAUUACCUUUUUUAACUGACCUGGAAAAUGAUUACAGAGACCUAGAACUAAGAGAUUUAGAUAAAGAAAAAAAAGAAAAAAGUAAAUUACAUGAAGAUAGGAAAAGAAAGGCUACAGAUAGAGAAUUGCAAAUAGGCGAAAAGGUAUAUGUUAAAAAUUUGAUAAAAGAAAAUAAAUUAGUUUCAGAGUUCAAUCCAACACCACACACUGUGGUGAGCACAGAUGGUUGUGAUAUAAAUGUGAGGAAUGAUGCUACUGGUCAAGAAUACAGAAGAAAUAUAGUUCAUCUGAAGAAAGUAGAAGGCCAGUGGAAAAUUGUUAAUGAUGAUAAUCAAGGAUCACCAGAUAAUGAAGGAUAGUUUUAGUUACCGACCUUUAUUUUAUAGUAUAGCGAGAAAUAGAUAAUCAACUGAUUUUAGAAAAUAGUUUACUUUUGUUAUUGUCGUCGCAACUUGUUUUGAUAUUAUUUGUAUUUAUUAAACUUAUAAAAAGGAAGAGAUGUGAUAUACAUACUUAUAAAUAAUAAAUGUAGUUCCGUUGACCAACGGGUACGUUCGCCCCUCACUUCUUACCUGUCACUCGUGACGUGCGGACGUGCCUUUGAGCUGCGGGCUUACUUACUGAUUA